AUGUUUGACUCCGACUCAGACAUUUUGAAUGCAAUUGAAGGAAUUGCAAGUGUAAAAUUUGAAUGGUACCAACCUAACCCUCAAGCAGUCAGACAACAUGCUGGAUACUUCCCGUUCAUAAAUAAGUCUGACAUUGACUUGACAAGGUAUGGAAUUUACAAUUCAAUUGAAACAAUUGUCAAUGAACCUUGUAUUCUUACAUGUCUCAGGAACUCUGGUCUUGUUACAGAUGAGAAGAUGAAGUAUCUUGAGUCAUGUGUGAAGACAAGGUACAUUCUCAGAGGUCAAUUGGCAAAAGUUGCACCGUUGGCAAAUGUCAAUAUCCGAGUCAACAUACCUACAGCUAAAGGUUCUUCACAUGACGACUAUGUUGUUGACAAAGACUUACCAUGGUUGAAGAUUGUAAUUGUCCACAACCACUUCAUGUUGAACGAAAGUCUUACAAACCCAUUGUUCGGAAAAGGCAAGUGCAACACUGUCAGAGCUGUUAACAUUCUUUUCGAGAAAGGUUUGUUGGAACCAAUUCCAGAUGACAAGCUGACAGAAACUUUUGUACCAAAAGACGAAACAAACUUUUCAUUGUUAGCAAGACCAAAAGUUGUUCCAGACAAAGUUCUAGUACAAAAGAAGUACACAAUUCCAAAAGGAGUUGGAUUGUUCGGAUACCAACCUGAACCAGAAGAACUUCCAAUGAGGUUGCAAGAACUUCAAGAUGCUAUAAACAAACUUCCAUUGAGACAUCCAAUUGACGUCAAAUUGUAUUGGAGAGCAUCUGAGUUAGGUCAGAAGGUUUUAUAUGAAACAGGUUGCUUCGACGAUGUUUAUGAGAUAACAGGAGAAGUUUCUCAGAAGAUAAGAGACUCACUUGAAUUUCCACAAACUGGACCAAUUGGUUGCGACAAGUUCGACUCAGAUGAAAAGAUAUACUAUGUCGACCUUAACGCUGCAUACAUGAGGUUUGUCCAAUAUAUCCCGACUGGAAUUCCAAACGAAGAUGGUGAGUUCUCGGGAAGGAACUAUACAGUUGGAAAAGUCAUACAACAACUGUAUGAUAUUAGGAAAGCUUCAAACCCCAAACUUGCAAUGACACUCAAAUUGCUUAUGAAUUCGACAUGGGGAUAUUCCAUUAAGAAACCUCAAGAGAUGAAGAGUAAACAUUAUGAGAAGGUCGACAACUUUGUUGAAAGGUUUUCUCCUUUUGUUUUGAA